CUGGCGGAAAAAGCCGAGUCGAAAUCGAAACUCCUGACAGGGAAAAGAUGGUGCAUGGUCGCUGAUAAGACCUUAAACUUAAUAGUGUGGUUUAUUUGGAUUAGGUAUUUAUCAGGAUACGAACAUUUGAAGCGUUUCUAUGUGGUAUUUGACCGCCAUGUUGUUGUAGUUUAGUAUCGGUGAGCCUAACGGCAGGAAGCUGGUCGGCUAACGUCUGUCAGGUGGAUUCCCUUCUUUUUUGAUGUAGUAUUGAAGUUAGUGCCUCGAGUUUAGUACGAUUUAGUCGACUGAAAUCUGUUCUACAUCAGCAGUGAGUGAGUCCGUCUCACCCCGAAACAUGGACCCGGACACCGAGGUGCAAAGAAUCUUUAAGAAUGAAGAAGAGGUGGACGAUGAGGAAGAACAGAGGAAGAAGUUGAUGAGGCCCCCCUCUAGCUAUGGUUCAAUGAAGAGCGACAGCGAUAACACGGAGGAAGAGGGGGGCGACGAGGACGAUGAAGCUGAUGACGUGCUUGUAGAACUACCUGAACCGUCUACAACUGAGGAGACAGGGGUGCAGAUGAUUCGUUCUGAGUCUCCAGAGACCCUCUACACCAUGACCACGAUGCAGACCAAACCACCAGGAGCCUUUGUUAUUGAAACCAGGUCGUCUGAUCUGGAGGAUUUUCCUGAAGAUGAUGAUGAGGUGGAAGAAGAUGAGGAUGAACUUUUGGUAACUAAUUCCCCAGAACCACCUGAGCCCAUUGAACCAGACGACGCUAUGCAGACUGAUGAGAACAGCCAGCCAGGCAAACUGCACCCAGAGCAGGACAUGCCACAUGUGUUCAAGAGCAUCCAGAGUACUCUGACAGACCUCAGCAAAGACGACCUACUGAACUUUAAGAUGUGGUUUCACCAAUGGGAAAGGCGCAUAACAUUAACAGAUACAAUAUGUGGAGACGUACUUGACUUUGUUGACAAAACUCUGGAGAUUCUUGGCGAAGAACGUGCGCUGUCGCAUACUAUACAUACUCUGGAAAAUAUUGGCAAAUUUGAACUGGCAAAGAAACUAGACAAACAGUGCAAGAGAGUGCUGAUCCGCCAUAUUCUGAGGGGGGAAUUGAACAGAAAACAUUCCGCCCUCUACGAAGGGGUGAGUCACGCCGGAAGGCAGCCUUUGUUAGAGACCGUCUACGUGGAGCCGCUGAUUACCACGUGCAGUUACGGAGGAGUUGACCCCUCACAUGAGUUCGGACCACGCCAUCUGACGCCUCUCCAGGUUCCCAGCAAUGUCACCUAUGUUGGUGUGACUGACCUGUUCCGACAGCAGAAGGAUGACGGCACGCCAGUGAGGACGGUGCUGACCACUGGGAUUCCAGGAAUGGGCUUGUCUGUCUGUGUGGCGAAGUUUUGCCUGGACUGGUCAGAACAUCGGUCCAAUUUGGAUUUACAGUUUGUCAUCAAACUUUCAUUCCGAGCUAUACGGAAUCUGCGAAACAGACAGGACAGAGAGCGUCCUCCUUCUCAGAUUAUGUCCGUGAUGGAAAUGAUAGAAUUUUAUCAUCCAGACUUAAGAGGCAUCACUUUCCUGGAUGAAGAGAACUGUAAAUAUCUCGUCAUAAUGGAUGGGUUCGAUCGCUACCAAUAUCCUCUGGACUGGGAGAAUGCUCCAGUAAUACACGGCAAUCACACCAAAGCACAUCCUGAUGUCGUGAUUGUGAACAUCUUCCGAGGCACUGUGCUUCCUGGUGCCCGUAUCUGGAUCCUCGGGAGGCCUGCAGCCGUCUCACAAAUACCAUCUAAGUUCAUAGACUUCACCACAGAAAUACAGGGCUACACCGAGGAGAUGAAGGACCACUUCCUGACCAAGCGCUUUAUCGAUGCAGAGGUGGCAGCAAAGAUUGUGGCGCACUACAAGCGUCUACCAACACUAAAGAUCCUGACUCGCCAGCCCUUUAUCUGCUGGAUGGCGGCCAAAGUGUUUGAGCGACGCUUCCGUUAUCCGGACUACGGGACGGAGCCUCCCAGACUGACAUCGUUCUACAUCAACAUUUUUGUGAUCCAGUCAAAUCGCAGACUGGCGUUCUACCACGGAAGAAUGGAAAUUAAGCUGGUUUGGUCCGCUGAAGACAAGCAGAUGCUGAUUAACAUAGGAAAGCUGGCCUUAACGAUGCUGGAGAAGAACACCAGUGUCUUUUAUGAGGAGGAUUUGAAGGAGCACGGCCUGCCGUUCCAAGAGGUGUUGGUCUGCUCUGGCUUCUGCUCAGAGAUCCUCACUCCAACCUCUGAUGGGAGAAGGCAGUUCUGCUUUUUUCACUACACAUUUCAGGAGUUCAUGGCUGCUCUAUAUGUCUUCAGCAUGUUUUACGUGGAGUCAAAGAACAUUUUGGACUCUGGGUCCAGAAUUCCCAAGAUCUUCACAUCUUCCAAAUGGUCGACCAAAUCAGCAGCAGGCCUGGUCCACUGUGCUAUAGUGCGAACCUUCAAUGCCCCACUGGGUCACUAUGACAUGUUCCUGCGCUUUCUGUGUGGCCUGCUUAACCCAGAAAGCCAUGAAGACCUACUUGCUGGGGCCCUUUACCCCUCCAGGUCCCCAAAGGUGGAUGGACUGGACGAGGUGCAGCGGCUGCUGGAGCAGACCAUCCAGAAAGCUCCGGCAGACAGGGUGGAAAACCUGAAAGAGUGCCUUCGAGAGAUGAUCCAGGAAGACCAGUGAGUUGAGGCUGGAUCAAUACAUGAAAACAACUGUCACUUUAUAUGGAGAUGAUGGAUAAAAAAUGAAUAGUGCCUUCAAGCUUCAAGUUUCUGUCAUCACAGAAUUUGCCAUUAAUCAUCCCCAAAGUGCUGAAAACAAUCACCAACAUUAAAGUGUGAGUGCAUUUACUGCAGCGUCAGACUAAAUAAAUCGCUGUGCUGUGUGUCCUGCUGCAGUAGACUUUAUGCAAUACUACAAUAUGUUUGUUUUGUUCUACAAAGACAAACCAAUGACAAUGCUUUCUCACCCAAGGUUUUCCUACAUUUAGUUGCCAUUUUUUAAUACGACCUGUGGCUUUUAUUUUCCCCUCAGUUAAAUACAGUGCAUGUCAGUGGUGACAGAAGUGACUGAACUUUAGUGACGUUUAAAUACAUAAGAAACAUAUCCUGGGCACAACUUGAAAUAUGUAAUAAGAUGCAGCAGAAUCUCCAAAGAUUUGUGACAAACUGAGAACAAGGCAACUGUCAUCACAAUAAAGGUGGACAUGCAAAAUAUUACUGGGACUAGUGGUGUUUUGUAAUUAAACAUAAACCCAAACUAUGCUACGCAUCAAUUCAAAACCAGUACAUAUGAAGUUUUAAGAUGACAAAUGCUGUGUGUGUGUGUGGUGCGUGCGUGCGUGCGUGCGUGCGUGCGUGCGUGCGUGCGUGCGUGCGUGCGUGCAUUUACAAUCAAAUAAUAGCAUCUAAAUGAAGAGCGAUGGGAUGUGUGAAGUCUUAGUUUUGGAUCUUAAUCAUGUUGUGUAUAUAUACUGUCUGAAUUUAUAAAUUACUUCCUCAGUCUUAAUUGUGCGUGACAAAUAAUCAGUACAAAAAUAGAUUUUAUAAUACCGCAUGGUUAUGCUUCCAUGUUUGCGAAAGUCUUUGUAAGCCAUGUUUUAGGUGUUUUUAUGAGAUAGAAUGAUUAAAGGGUGAAUUUAAUGCAGUA